UUAUAACUUGUUGAUGGCAUGAUGAGAUGACUCGAAGAUCCGGCUCAAACAGCGCACCGCAGUCUGCCACCUCGCCUCACGUACGAUUUCUAGAUAGACGCUCGUCGGCGCAGUCCCACGGCAGCCUCGCGGAUAGUGCUUCGGCAGUGAUCGAAGAUGAUACGAUAGAGCAGGAAAUCGAGGAGAUCAAGAGAUAUGAGGACUUUACAACAAUAGAUUGGGUACAGGAUGCCGCGCGAGCACAGGCCAGACGAAAGGCAAGGCGACAAGAGAAGAUAGGCUUCUUUAAACUUCACGGCAGAUACGGCUGGAGACGGAAAGUCUGGGAGGCCUAUGAUGCUGGCCAGGCUUGGAUCGUUGUCACGAUCGUUGGCGUGGCUAUAGGCCUGAAUUCUGCCUUUUUGAACAUUGUCACUGAAUGGAUCUCGGAUAUAAAACUAGGAUAUUGCACGACGGCGUUUUACCUAAACGAGCAGUUUUGCUGUUGGGGAGCUGAAAGCGGCUGCCCCGAGUUCAGAAGAUGGACUGGGUUUGGCCCCCUUAAUUACGUUCUGUACAUCGCCUUCGCAGCACUCUUCGCUUCCACGUCGGCACUUCUGGUAAAGACAUAUGCACCGUAUGCCGCCGGAUCAGGUAUAUCCGAGAUUAAAUGCAUCAUCGCCGGCUUUGUUAUGAAAGGGUUUUUGGGAGGUUGGGUCUUGCUGAUCAAGUCGAUUGGUUUGCCGCUCUCCAUUGGAUCGGGUCUUUCUGUUGGGAAGGAGGGGCCUAGUGUUCAUUACGCUGUGGCUACUGGUAACGUUAUAUCCAGGCUAUUUGAGAAAUACAGACGAGACGCCGCGAAAACGCGCGAAAUAUUGAGUGCCUCCGCAGCGGCUGGGGUUGGUGUUGCCUUUGGAAGCCCAAUUGGUGGCGUCGUAUUCUCACUGGAGGAGAUGUCGAACUACUUUCCACUGAAAACAAUGUGGCGAAGCUAUUUCUGCGCCUUGGUGGCUACAUCUGUCCUGGCCGCUAUGAAUCCUUUUCGGACAGGACAGCUGGUAAUGUUCCAAGUCAGCUACGAUCGCUCCUGGCAUUUCUUCGAGUUCAUAUUCUACAUCAUCCUCGGUAUCUUUGGGGGGCUAUAUGGUGCGUUCGUAAUCAAGUGGCACCUUCGAAUGCAGGCCUUCCGCAAGAAAUAUCUGUCAAAGUAUCCAAUCAUGGAAGCAACAAUAAUCACUGCGAUUACCGCAAUCAUAUGCUAUCCGAACAUGUUUCUACGCAUCGAUAUGACGGAGAUGAUGGAAAUUUUGUUCAGGGAGUGUGAGGGGGACUUCAACUAUGACAAGCUUUGCGAGGCUAAAAAUCGCCUCAGCUUGAUUCUCUCACUUGCCCUAGCAACAGUUAUAAGGACUCUAUUUGUUGUUCUGUCCUAUGGCUGUAAAGUACCAGCAGGUAUUUUUGUGCCAUCCAUGGCGAUAGGAGCCUCCUUCGGGCGCAUGGUCGGAAUUGCUGUACAGGCUCUACAUGAAUCCUUUCCUGAUUCUCGAUUCUUCGCCACCUGUGAGCCGGAUGUGCCUUGCAUCACACCAGGCACGUACGCCUUCCUGGGAGCAGCAGCCACGCUGAGCGGCAUCAUGCACAUCACAGUAUCUGUUGUGGUGAUCAUGUUCGAGCUUACAGGUGCUCUCACCUACAUCUUACCUACGAUGAUUGUUGUCGGCGUUACCAAAGCUGUAUCUGAUCGCUUCGGCAAAGGAGGCAUCGCAGACCGUAUGAUCUGGUUCAACGGCUUCCCCUUCUUAGACAACAAAGAAGAGCAUUCAUUUGGCGUAUCGGUGUCUCAAAUCAUAACUAAGGAGGUCACAACCCUACCCUCGGAAGGAUUGACGCUUACAGAAGUCGAGAAGAUUCUAGACGAGAAUAAGUACCAGGGAUAUCCAAUUGUCGAGGACAAGAGCUCGAAUGUUCUACUUGGCUACAUUGGUCGAACAGAACUACGGUAUGCUAUUGACAGAACGAGGAGGGAGGGCUUAGUCUCGCCAAAUGCUCGAUGUUUCUUCACGCCUCCGUCUUCGGCAGUACGAUCGGCGGCCUCGGCUUCCACGUCAGCACCGGCAGUGACGUUCGAUACCAUGUCUGCCACCUCAGGGGCAACAUCUAUAGACUUCAGUCGUUUCGUUGAUCCGACACCACUCACCGUGCACCCUCGCCUCGCAUUAGAGACGGUAAUGGAGCUUUUCAAAAAGAUGGGACCCAGAGUUAUCUUAGUAGAAUACCACGGGCGUCUGAGGGGGCUGGUCACUGUCAAAGACUGCCUAAAGUAUCAAUUCAAGGCUGAAGCGCUUGAACAUCCCAGAGAGGAGAGUGGUAUGGACCAGGACGCUCGAGUCUGGGAAGGCUUACAAAAGAUAUCGGCUAUGCUAUCUGAUGCAUUUGGCUCAUUACGCCGUGGGAAGCUCCGGUUGGAUAGUCCAAGAAAUCGACUUGACGGGCGUGUGCAACUCACGGAUCAAAGCGGGAGCCACGAUGUUGAGCUUGAUAAUAGAUGAUGCACCGACGUUUGUGUAUAAACAUGUAGCGAGUUUGGGCCCUUCAGAAGCUAAUUUACGCGCACAACUUUACCUGUUCGAUUUCAUCUGUGUAUGAAACGUGAAUAAUUCAGCGUUAUUCUUG